AUGACAGAACCAGAAGAGGCAACACCUGCUUUCGGCAGAGCCAGGUCAGGAGAACGGAAUUCUAGUUUCCAUCACAGCUAUAUCGUUUGCACAGCCGUCUCUCUUCUUUUUAUGCCGAUCAUUGCAAUUCUCGUGCCUAUUUUAUAUUCGCAUUGGAGUUCACUGCUUCCAUACGCACAUCUGUCUCUUCAACGAGCAAAACUUGGAACGGUGCUGAACAACCCAGCAAGCUUUCCCGAGCCACCGUACGUAUUAUUCUCAUCAAGAGUUGUACUUCCUGAUCGAUUCAUCCAGCCUGCCUACAUAUUUAUAAACAAUCAGGGCUCCAUUGCGAUAGUGCAGCAGUCUCCUUCAUGGUCAUUGGUUUGGAAAACUAUAGUUGAUGUUUCCCCACACGUGGUCAUGCCGGGUCUUAUCGAUCCUCAUGUCCAUGUUAAUGAACCAGGAAGAACCUCUUGGGAAGGAUUUGAAUAUGCAUCUCGAGCGGCUGCAGCGGGAGGAACAACAACCAUUUUGGAUAUGCCCCUUAACAACAUUCCUUCAACCUUAAACCACAAAACCCUAGCUCAAAAGAUAAAUGCUCUCGCAUCGACAAAGUCCUAUGUUGAUAUUGGAAUCAUCGGCGGGAUCACAAUGCCUCAUGUUCCAUUUUUGACAGAAUUGCUGGAUGGUGGUGUACUGGCUUUCAAAUCAUUCAUGGUGGACUCGCAAUCAAAAGACUUUCCAAAUGUCUCAAAGAAGAACUUGAAAGAAAUUAUUGGUGCGUUGGACCGGCUGUCAUCGGAGCCAGGUGCAGUUUCUAAACCUAUCCCUUAUAUUCUGCACGCGGAGCUUGAUUUAGGCCCUGAUGAAGAAGAUGAACGAAACAGACGAGCUUCAGACUACAAUCACAGAUGCUACAGUGACUACGAAGCAUCUCGUCCUUCUUCUUGGGAAGUAGAAGCUAUCCGCUACGCCGCUGAUAUAGCGAAUAACUCAAACGUUCACAUUCAUAUAGCGCAUGUGUCUGCAUUCGAGGCUCUUGAGCUAUUGCGUGAAAUCCGGUGGGGCAAUCGCUUGAAAAAGGCGAUUGUAACCGCCGAAACAUGUCCUCAUUACCUGAUGUGGGCAAAAGAAAAAAUCGCUUUGGGAGGAACUCUCUUCAAGUGCUCGCCUCCAAUUCGCUCGGACGAUAAUCGUAAGCUUAUAGUACAUCAGGCUUUUCAAGAUGAUGCAAGUUCAAGAGCAAUUGACUUGAUUGCGUCAGACCACUCUCCGUGCCCCCCAGAACUCAAGACCACGGACGGUAACUUGACUGAGGCUUGGGGUGGCAUAUCCGGGCUGCAGUACAGGCUGCAAGCUACUUGGACAGCAGCUCAUGCGAUGAACGCCAGCCUGAGUCGAGUGGCAGAGUUGCUUUGUGAAGUGCCCGCACGACUCUUUGGCAUUGACAAUAUGAAGGGAUUCCUGAAGGCUGGUCUCGACGCUGAUAUUGUCAUUUGGGACCCAGAAUCAUCCCAAGUACUAACUGAGGACAAAUGUCACCAUCGCCAUAAACUGUCGCCAUACCAUGGACUUAAGGUGCGGGGCAUUGUGCUCCGCACCUUGUUGCGAGGGCGAUCAAUUUACAAUUCGCAGGGCACCUCAAUGCAUGAGCGUGUUCAAUUCGACGCGAGGCUCGGGAAGCUCCUGUUUCGUUCGUCUAAGACCGGCCUGAGUCGGUCAAUAGCACCAGACGAAUGGAAAAGCGCAAUAACGCGAAAGUAA